CCUAUGUAGUGAGGGCGCGUGUAUUCGAGACGCCUCGCUGGACCCGAGUAAGCAGGACAGGUAGAAUUUGUUGUGUCCGUGUCGUUAGCUUGUGUUCCGUUUGUGAGCUGAAACAGAUAUUGAAGCUAGUUUUCCUCCUAAAUGAAGGGAAUUUUUGUGGUAGUGUUUAUUAGUGUUUGUUUGUGUUUGUUAGUGUUUAAAAAGGUCGUGAUUAGAGUCGCGGUUUGUUACUGAGUCACAGGAGCUAACAGGCUAUAAACGUUAGCAGCUCUGCUGAGGGACGACCUUUUUAUACCGCCCGUGUUUUUCUGUCCGAUCCGCGACAUUCAGAUCGGACAUCAGAUCGGACAUCACAGUGCAGCUUUAUAAAGACUUUAUAGUGACGGAAUCUGUGUGGGUUUGUUACAGCAGCGCUUUGGGCCUGAAUCAGUGUUCACUAGUUUAAUGUUGUGCACUGAGGAGCAGCUCAUAAUGUCGCACUGACACCAGAUCAGUUCAUCUGAUUACUCACUAAUGUUUAGUUUGUGUGUUUAUACAGAGAUAAACAUGACGUUGGCAUAAAGUUACACGUCCCGCUGGUUGGUAGUUAGAUUAUUAAAUAUUAUUGUUAUUAUUGAAAUGUCCAAAUACUACUGAGUUUAUGUGACAUUGUGUGUGUUAACAUCCAGACACUCACACACACACACACACACACACACACACAGCAAUAAUCUGGGGCAGUGACGUCACAUCAGGGAGGUUUCAGCACUUUAUAAGUCAAAUAAAUAAAUAUCUAAAUCAUCUUGUGUUCCAGACAAAGAUCUGAGAGCGUGUGUGUGAUGAGACUGAAUGUUAACAGAAUGAAGGUGACUGCAGGAUUUGCACCGUGUUGUUAGGCUUUGUGUUUGGAGCCCUGAGAUGUUGCACUCGUCCAUCAGCCUGUAAAGUUUCCCUCUAGCUGAGAGACUCGAGUGUGUAAUAUUAGUUAUUAGAGUUAGAAAGUAGUCGGUGGUGUGGAGUCGGUGCCGUGCUGCGGCCUUCAUGACAUGAGAAGAUGAACGUAGAGAAUCAAGCACUAGAUUUAUGCAAAGCCAGAAUGAAAGCGUCUGAUGAUGACCACAGCUCAGCGUUCAUCUCAGAGGAACUCGUCCUCCACAAUAGCAUCAAGUUCAUAGACAAGGAUGCGGAAGGUCCGGACUCGGGACACGAGGAUAAGAGCGAUAAAGAAGAACUGCUGAAGAACAAUGGAACCUUCCUUUCAGUGCCAUCUCACAUUCCUGAGGAAAGUAGCACGCAGGAAACGGAAUCCAGUUUUUCCGUCAGAAGUGUGAAUGACGACGAGGACAUGGACAUCGGUGUGGAUUUGAGCUUGGAUGAGAGUGGAGUUUUGGAGUCCGACCCGGUGACUGUGCUGGUGGGGAGCCACAGUGCAGCUUCAGUAGUGUCUGAAAGGGAUAAGGAUCGGGGCGAGACUUUAGAAGCCGAUCCCUCGAGUUCGACCGACGCGGAGGUUUCGUCCCCGUCACUGUCCUCGGAUCAGCAGGAGGGAGCUGAACCCAAACCCGGGGGCAAGAGGGUCACAUUUCCUCCAGAUAAGGACAUUGUGUCUGGAUCAGUGGAACCAAAGGACCCAUGGAGACAUGCUCAGAAUGUGACAGUUGAGGAGAUCCUGAAUGCCUACAGACAAUCCUGCCAGAAACUCAACUGUAAACCAAUCCCUAAAGUGCUCAAACAGAUUCAGGAGUUGACAGACCUGACUCAGCGAAACGACUGCCUGGAUCUGAAAGGAGAGAAGUUGGACUACCGGGCUUGUGAGUCUCUGGAGGAGAUUUUUAAGCGAGUUCAGUUUAAAGUUGUGGAUCUCGAACAGACAAAUCUGGAUGAAGAUGGGGCGUCUGCGUUAUUUGAUAUGAUUGAGUAUUACGAGUCUGCUACACACCUCAACAUUUCCUUUAACAAGCACAUGGGCACUCGAGGCUGGCAGGCUGCUUCCCACAUGAUGAGGAAGACGAGCUCUCUGCAGUACCUGGAUGCGAGGUGCACUCCACUGCUGGAUCAUUCGGCUCCGUUCGUGGCUCGAGCUCUGAGGAUCAGCGGCAGUCUGACGGUUCUGCACCUUGAGAACGCCGGACUGUCGGGACGUCCACUGAUGCUGCUGGCUACAGCUCUGAAGAUGAACAUGAACCUGCGUGAACUUUACCUGGCUGAUAAUAAACUGAACGGGCUGCAGGACUCAGCACAGCUGGGAAACCUGCUCAAGUUUAACUACAACAUCCACAUCCUCGACCUGAGGAACAACCACAUCCUAGACUCAGGUUUGGCGUAUAUCUGUGAGGGUCUGAAGGAACAGAGGAAAGGUCUGGUCACUCUGGUGCUCUGGAACAACCAACUCACACACAACGGCAUGGGCUACCUUGCUUCUGCACUGCCAUGUACACAGAGUUUGGAGACUCUGAAUCUUGGACACAAUGCAGUUGGGAACGAGGGAGUGCUGAAACUGAAGGAUGGACUGAUUGCGAACCGAUCUCUGCUGCGCCUCGGCCUCGCCUCCACCAAACUGUCAUGUGAAGGUGCCGUGGCCGUGGCCGAGUUUUUCGCUGAGAGUCCUCGACUGCUGCGACUGGACCUGCGGGAGAAUGAGAUAAAGACCGGAGGACUGAUGGCUCUGUCCCUCGCUCUAAAGGUGAACACCUCACUGCUCCGACUCGACCUGGACCGAGAACCCAAGAAAGAAACGGUGAAGAGCUUUAUUGAGACACAGCGCACCCUGCUGACUGAAAUCCAGAAUGGCUGCAAGCGUAACUUCAUCCUUGCUAAAGAGAAAGAAGAAUCUCAGCAGCAGAUGAGGCAGUCUGUGUCCAUGGCUGAAAUCGCCACUGAGGACCCACCUCCUGAGGAAGAGGAGGACGCUGGAGGUCAAGUCUCAGAGGGAGAGAAGACCAAACAUGAGGAGAACACGCAGGAAGUGGAGGAGAGCGAGCAGCCGUGCAAAGUCAGAGAGGAUGAAGAACAAACAUCAGCCACUCAGGACGACUCCGAUUCUGAUACUGACACUGACGAUGAUGAGAACGAAGAUGCGACAGUGACACAAGCAGCUGCACAGACAUCAACCCUGAACCAAACCCCACCCUCUGAAAACACCACCCUUAGUGCUUGUAAGACUCCACCCAUUAAUAUUCCUACCUCCACCCCUAAGACAGUAAACAUGAUGUCGGGGGUCAGAGUGACGGAAGCGAACGUGUCGAGUGGAACACCAUCUUCACCCGGACGCUGCAUCUCCGUGUCCAGCCCAGGCAGAGGACACAAAAUCUUCAUGGUGACACGUGUGGAAAGUCCUCCUGAACAGCAGGAGCAACAGCAGCAGAGCGACCUACUGAAGCAUGUUCAGGAGAAUAAAACACCAUUGUCACAAGUGCAGCCAGUCGCUCAGGACCUGCAGAGUGCAGACAGGACCACUUCGGCUCAGGAGACAUCUGAGGAACCUUCACAAAUAUCAACAGAGCCUAAACCAGGAGAAACAGGACCAUUAGUGAGCACCACAGAGGCACAACCUUCUACACACAGCCAGACACAACAGGAGCUGAAUCCCAGCACAGAACUGGAAAAGGAAACCACAAUAGAGGAGAUUGUGCACACUGAGCAUGCUCAGAUUCAUCACACAGCCCCUGCAGAGCCUGAGGAACUAAAACAUGCUGAAGACAUAGACAAGGAACCAAACAGCAGUGAUCCCACUGGGGAGUUACAGAAGGAAUCCACAGAACAUCUCGACGCACAAACACCAAACGAUGACCAACAGCUGGAUAAAGACGUCUCGCUGGAACAGGACUUGAAAACAUUAAACAGCUUUUCCUCAGCAGACGAGGUGGAAAGUCUCGACACAGCGCCACCACCAGGCACCACACUGCCGAACGGCCUGAAGCCUGAGUUCUCACUGCACCUGCUGGAGCCCGAGGCACAUAAAGCGGCCUGCUGCGUCAUGGAGCACAUGAGUGUGACAGCAGAGCUGAGCUGUGGUCAGGAUCUGGAGGAGCUUCUGCUGGACGCCAGUUUGGAUGCAAGCAGAGACGCACCUUAGUGCUGCAGUGACGGACUGAACCAUAUGCGGAGAUGCCGGGGGUGUGUUAGUGGUCUGUGAACAUGGCUGAGCCCAAAGUCUCGCUCUGGUCCUUCCACGACUCCUGAACUCUGACCCCGAGCUCUUCUUCUAGAUGGUUUAAUGUCAUUAAGCAGUUCAGAUGAACAGCUGGAUCACUGAUCAUCACUCACUCAUGAGACAUCGUCACUACACAAACAAACACAAUCAACACUUUCUUUUUCUUUAACUGACUCUGAUGAACAGAAAAUAUUACACUUCUCUGUCCCUGCAUUCCUACAGAAGAUUAAGUGCCCCAGGGCCUGGCACAAACCAAAGACACACACACACACACACACACACACACACACACACUGUGCUGUGCUCACCACUGCCCCCAUGUGGACAAUGAUCAACAUCACUGCAGCGGGAGGGCGGAGUCACACAGUCUGAAUCUUUAAGACUUCAAUGUCAAUUUAACGACUGAUUACAUAAAUGACAGAACAGACAUAAAGUGUGUGUGUGUGUGUGUGUGAGUGAAAGAGAGAGAGAGAUUUUAUUUGUUCCUGCCCCACCUCCACCCCCUUGUGUAUUCUAAUCUUCUGGAGCUCAUUUUUGGACUCUUCCUAAGUGAAUGUUAUAAAUCUGGGAUGUGAGGAGUCUCUUCUGCUUUUGCUGCUUUUCUUCUUGUCACUCAUUUUAUUCCUCACAUAAAGAAUCGACACUAAAGCACUCGGACAGAACGGUGUGUGUGUGUCACUCUUCCUGUGUCUCUUCCUGCCUUUCAGUUCAUCACCUUGCCUUUAACUCUCCUCUUUAAUUUUGCUGCUUUCAGAAAUCAUUUAUUUUUUAUUUAUUUUAUUAAAUUGUUUUGUUUCGUUUUUUUCCACCGAGUGAUUCCUGUUUCUCUCUUUUCCCCCUUCAGUCUUUUAUUAUUUGUUACUGAGGGAUUUGGUUUUUAAAGAGUUUCCUCCCGUACUGGUGUAUAUUUUCAGAUUAUAUAAAGAGCAAUUCUACUUUUUUUAGGAUUAGGGAGAUUAUAUGUUGAUUAUAUGUGUGUAUAAAAUCGGGAAUGGAAAGUAAACACUGUUUUGGGGAAAUGAGAAAAGAAUAAAUCCAACACUAUUGUACUGUGUGCUGACACUACAGCUGCAGCCAGCAGGGGGAGCCAGAGACACACACACACACACACACACACACACACACACAUAAUGUACAUCACUGUACAUCACUGAUGAUGUAGUUUUUAAUUUAUUCCAGUCUCUGGCCUCUGAUUGGCCCUCAGCCUUUAGCACUUUGCUGAACAUCCACAUCGUCGCUCUUCCCUGUGCUUCACCUCGAACCAUCAACGUUUAUAAUACUUCAUUUUUAAAUUUUUAUCAGACCUGUUCAAUGACUCGUGUUGGUGACCACAGUGAGAUGUGUGUGUGGCCAUUUUUGUUUGUUUCUCAAUCAAAUAAAUGCAUGUAAUGAA